CUGCUGGCAAGUUGUCACCCGUGUUUACGUGAAGAUUAUUUGCUACUUGAUGGGCUGCAAGGAUGUCCAAACUUGAAAUGAUGUUGAGUCAACAUAACCAAGAACUCCAGUGUCAGACUGCUUACGUCGAGGAUUAUUUGGAUUGUGUCGAAUCGCUUCCAAAUGACCUCCAGCGAAACAUCUCCCAGAUGCGAGAGAUCGACUGCCAGUACAGAGGCGUGUUGAAUGAGAUGGACUACUUUUACAGCAUGUACCAGAAAAAAGAUAUAGAUGGACUUGCUAAAAAACGAUACUUGAUACAAUUACAAAGAGCAUUGGUGCGGAGUCAAGAAUUAGGAGAUGAAAAACUCCAACUAUGUUCACAAAUGGCUGAUCUGGUAGAAAAUAGUACUCGAAAAUUAGAGUUGGACUUUGAUCAACUUGAAAGCGGUAAUGAAAAAGGUAAUCAUGUGGAAGCCAAGACCGAACACCACCAUGAACGGACUGGAAAAAGAUCACGGCGUCAACGAAAUCAUGAUCACAAAGAAAAGGAUAAAGAUGUUUCUGUUGCAGCUGUUGGAAGUGAAAAGAAAGUGGCGAAAAAGAAAAAGCGAUCCAAAGCAAAGGAGCGUGAACGUGAAGCGUCACCCCCAGAGAUCGUAAUUGAUCCAAAUGAACCUACAUAUUGUUUAUGUAAUCAAGUUUCAUACGGUGAAAUGAUUGGUUGCGAUAACGAUGAAUGUGUAAUUGAGUGGUUUCACUUUAACUGUGUUGGACUCACAUCAAAACCUAAAGGCAAAUGGUACUGUCCAAAGUGUACACCGGAAAGGAAAAAAGGACAUUCUAGAUAGUUAACUCUUUUAAUAAUUAUUUAAUAUUUUUGAAAUACAUGUACAAUAUUUGGUGAUUGGUCAUGGAUUAGCAAUUUGUUCAAAAUCCUUUUUUCAGGACUGUGAAAAACAAUAAUGUUGUUCAACAACGCGCUUCCAUGGUCAUCAGUCCUGUGUAAUAUUAUAUAUACAGAUACAGUACCCUCUUUGUUGUAAAUAUUUUUAAAGUAGCAUUUCUUUGAAUUGAGAGUUUCUUUAUUGUCUAAUAUAUCAAAAGUUUUUGUGGGAACGGGGGGUUGCUAUGAAUUCAUUCACUGCUUCAUCAGGCGGGUACAAUUUACAGCUUUUUUUUUUUUGUAGACUUGCAAGAACAGAAGGCAUUUGAGUAUGACAGCUCUCUGUCAUCACUAAUCAAUGGAUUGUCAACUUAAUAGUAAUGAAUUCUUGAUGGGUAUGUUCUUAAUUCGUUUCACUUUAUUCUACAGUUUCCUUUAUUAGAAGCACAUGUAAGCUAUUUGUUUAACAUAUUUAUUUUGAGUGCAAUUCUACUUUGUACACUUGUACUCGGGUAGUUCCGAUCUUUGGUUUUAGUGAAAUCAAAAGCUGACCAAUCCAGUACCUGCUGACACCUAAAUAAUGUGAUGCAAUUCCAUAUAUAUAAUGUGUGCUUUUAUUCCCAUAAUAAAUCACAUGCUUCUAAUAAAGUGAAGUGCUAUUGGAUUCCCAAAAACAUAUUCAAAACCUGGUGGCCAAUUUUCUUUUUUGGCUGAUAAAUUAAGUUUCACUGAAAACUAUAAUUAACUUAUUUGGAAAGCAUCUCCCCUCAUAAAGGUAUUUCUUUUUCCCAAGCUAGGGUUCUAUUUUUAGCACACAUUGAUCAUGAAUCUGAGGAAACGUUUAGAUGCAUGUCCAGUCCUUUCAGUCGGUGUUUUAUUAUCUCUGAAUUAUAGAUCUUCUGUGCCCAGUGUAUUUGUAUAUUUAUUUCUUUGUUGAAAUUUUAAUACUGGGUUAGAAAUCUAUUGAUUAGUUUGAUCAAUAAAAUUUGGAUUUUUCUAUAAUUACAGUGUAUGCAAAUUUUUCUAUAUGCCAAUUAUUAUGUAGUUG